AUGGAAGGUGUCUUCUCUCUCCCUGUGGCAGCCAGAACUGAUUUUCUCCACUCUCUAGUGCAGUCUUUUGGCUGCGAGUACAUUUGUCUAUGGGCAUAUGAUUCCAAUUCACCAAAUCGUUUGUCCUUCUUGGAUGGUUUCUAUAAUGUAAGAGACAACCAAGCAAGCUCUUCUUGGGGGACUUUAGCACAAAGUCUUUUUAACCAAUACCGGAGUUUAACAUUUGAUGUCAAUGAUGACCGUGUUCCUGGACUAGCUUUUAGGACUCAGCUUCCUUACCUAGAGCUCCAACAAUUAGAACUUCUCAGAUUGGCAUCAACAGAAAUACAAACACAAUUCUUUCAGGAAGCAAGGAUCAAGACUGCUAUAUUCAUGGGGUGCAACAGAGGGGAAAUUGAGCUUGGUUUCUCAAAUAUGUCACAAGCUGACAUUCAAACAACACUAAGGAGUUUGUUUCCUGAAGAUUUUUCUAGACAGUCCCAACAAAUUGAUCAGAAUCCACCUUCAUCAUCUUCAUCAUCUUUGAGAUCAAUAUCUACAGGUAGCCCUGAAUACUCAUCUCUGAUAUUCAGUAUUCCAGGAACUUCCCAAUCCCAUUUUCCUGAGACCAUUGGAGGAGUGCUUCCAAUGCCACAUGUGUCAAACACAGCAACUAGCCCUCACCAACAAGCAAUCCAAGCAAUGUCUCAAGUCACUCCAAGUCAGUUCCCCACACCAGAAACUGAACAUGAUGCAAUAAUGAGAGCAAUCCUCUAUGUUUUAUCUUCACCUUCUCAUCAGCAACAAAACCAGCAAAACUUGCCUUAUACUUCUGUGGUGCAUCCAGAAGCUAGUGCUUUCCAAAGGUAUAGACCAGAUAUAGGUCCUAAUAUUGGGUCCAAUUUCCGAAGACAAAGCCUUAUGAAGAGAUCGUUUGCAUUCUUUAGAAGCUUGAAUUUCAUGAGAAUGAGAGAAAGCAUUCAAGCAACACGUCCCACUAGUACUCAGAUGCAUCAUAUGAUAUCAGAGAGAAGAAGACGUGAGAAACUAAAUGAGAAUUUUCAGGGACUUAGAGCAUUACUUCCUCCUGGAACUAAGAAAGACAAAGCGUCGAUACUGACAACAGCAAAGGAGACAUUGAGCUCUUUGAUAGCUGAAAUUGACAAGCUAAGAAGAAAAAAUCAGGAGUUGACGCCACUUUUGAGAACUAAAGAAUCUACAACUGAAGAAACCAAAGCUAGCUUCUCAUCAAAUGAAAGAUUAAAUGUACAAGUUUCACAUGUACCAGAAUCAAGCUCAUCACAAGAGAGAAUGGUGGACUUGCAUGUGUCUGUGAGAGGACAAAUUUCUCAAGUUGAUAUAUUGAUCCGAUUAUUGGAAUUCUUAAAACAAGAUCAACACUUGAAUUUGGUUUCCAUGGGCGAAAAUACUCAUAUUGCUGAAGGGAAUUCCCUUCAUCAACUAACCUUCAGACUAAGGAUUAUUCAGGGAAGUGAAUGGGACGAGUCUGGCUUCCAGGAAGCAGUGAGAAGAGUGGUUGCUGACUUGAUACAGUACCAAGUGGACCAAUAGUUUUGACCCACAUCAGCACUCAUCUUUGAUUUAUUCUGCGGCGGUAGCCC